CGCGCAGUCUGUGACGUAGCCACUGUUGUGCUUGUACUCUCGUUCUCGGGAACAUUAUCGUACUCGCUCCACAGUGAGAACAAGCUGAACUGCAUGUGUUUGUUUUAUUGCCCAGAAUAAAAUCUGUGAUUCGAAGUCAUGGUUAGUUGUAUUUAUUAAAAUAUUAUAAACUCGCCAUUGUAUAUUAGCUAGGCCGCCAGGAGAACCCAGCAAUCGUUGAAGUGGCGGUCUCACCGGAAGAUGGAGCGCCACCGUCGGCUGCUGUAAACUGCAAAACAACGAAGCGCCUUGAUUGCUGCUAUUUAUGUGGGUAAAGUCGCGUUAUUAUACUUACUUUAUUUGUUUUCAUCAUGGCCUGGGCUAGGGGAUAUAGCCCUCCUUGGAGGUCACAAAGACAGUGCCCCUCCCCCAGGAAGGUUGCCAUGGCUCCCAAAGACAUUAUGACCAACUCCCACGCCAAGUCCAUCCUAAAUGCCAUGAACGCUCUGCGCAAGAGCAACACCCUUUGUGACAUCACCCUGCGGGUGGAGGGCACCGACUUCCCCGCCCACCGCAUCGUCCUGGCCGCCUGCAGCGACUACUUCUGUGCCAUGUUCACCAGCGAGCUGUCUGAGAAAGGGAAGUCGUUCGUGGACAUCCAGGGCCUGACGGCUUCCACCAUGGAGAUCCUGCUGGACUUUGUGUACACGGAGACCGUCCUGGUGACCGUGGAGAACGUUCAAGAACUGCUGCCCGCCGCCUGCUUGCUGCAGCUCAAAGGUGUGAAGAGGGCUUGCUGUGACUUCUUGGACAGCCAGCUGGACCCGUCCAACUGCCUAGGCAUCCGGGACUUUGCAGAGACGCACAACUGCCUGGACCUGAUGCAGGCGGCCGAGCUGUUCUCCCAGAAGCACUUCGCCGAGGUGGUACAGCACGAGGAGUUCAUGCUGCUGAGUCAGGAGGAGGUGGAGAAGCUCAUCAAGUGCGACGAGAUCCAGGUGGACUCAGAGGAGCCAGUGUUUGAGGCGGUGCUGAACUGGGUGAAGCACAGCAGGAAGGAGAGGGAGCCCUUUCUGCCCGACAUGCUGGAGUUUGUGCGCAUGCCACUGCUCACCCCGCGCUACAUCACCGACGUCAUCGACUCAGAGCCCCUCAUCCGCUGCAGCCUGCCCUGCCGGGACCUCGUGGACGAAGCCAAGAAAUUCCACCUGAGGCCCGAGCUCCGGAGCGAGAUGCAGGGCCCGCGAACCCAAGCCCGGCUAGGAGCCAAAGAGGUCCUCCUGGUCAUAGGAGGAUUUGGCAGUCAGCAGUCCCCCAUUGACGUUGUGGAAAAAUACGACCCGAAAACGCAGGAGUGGAGCUUUCUCCCUAACAUCGCGCGGAAGAGGCGCUACGUGGCCACGGUCUCCCUGAACGACCGUGUGUACGUGAUCGGGGGCUACGACGGCCGGUCGCGGCUCAGCUCGGUCGAGUGCCUGGACUACACGGCCGAUGAGGACGGCGUCUGGUACACCGUGGCCACCAUGAACGUGCGGCGAGGGCUGGCGGGAGCCACCACACUGGGGGAUAUGAUCUACGUGGCCGGCGGGUUCGAUGGGAGCCGGCGGCACACCAGCAUGGAGAGGUACGACCCCAACAUCGACCAGUGGAGCAUGCUGGGGGACAUGCAGACGGCCAGGGAGGGCGCCGGGCUGGUGGUGGCCAGCGGACUCAUCUACUGCCUGGGCGGGUACGACGGACUGAAUAUCCUGAAUUCGGUGGAGCGAUACGACCCACACACAGGGCACUGGACAAAUGUCACCCCCAUGGCCACCAAACGAUCAGGGGCUGGGGUGGCCUUGCUGAAUGACCACAUCUACGUGGUGGGAGGCUUUGACGGCACAGCUCACCUGGCCUCCGUGGAGGUCUACAACAUCCGCACGGACUACUGGACCACGGUGGCCAGCAUGACCACGCCCCGCUGCUACGUGGGAGCCACCGUUCUGCGCGGCCGCCUCUACGCCAUCGCAGGGUACGACGGGAACUCCCUCCUCAGCAGCAUCGAGUGCUACGACCCGGUGAUUGACAGCUGGGAGGUGGUGACCUCCAUGGCGACCCAGCGGUGCGACGCGGGCGUGUGCGUCCUGCGGGAGAAGUGAGGGACGCUCGCCCCGCUCCGCCAGCGGCAGGCGGGGUGGGGCGGGGGGCGGGGCGCAGGGGCGCGAGGGUAAAGGAAGGGGCCCGUGUGACUGGGGAGGCAGGGGGGCAGGUGUGCAACAGGCACCGCCGUCUUCGCGCGAGACCCACCGGACCUGGGCCGAAAUCCUCCUCCACCCGCCGACCCUGGGUAGACUCUGUGAGAGACCCCCCCCCACCCUUCCUCCCCUGUUUUAAGAGUGAGAUAUUUAUAUCCGGACAUUGUUCUAAUUUCCGCGUUCGACAAGUCGAGGGCAGCCUUGAGAUCGUCCCCUCAUCGCCCUCCAUGCAUGGCUGUCUGUCGUGGCUGUCCAACAGGACGGGGCGGGCACGCCCACACCGUGGCCAACCGCGCGGUUUAGAUGGAGAACGAGAAGAAUGCCGACUUGUCCCCCAGAAGUGCAAUAUUUUUCGCUGCUGUGAUGAGCUUUGAGACGGGCGAACUCGAAGGCCUUCAGCUGCUGCCCCAGCCUUAUGCGCGCUGCGUCCCGCGGAGCUCAGCGGGCCACGUGGGAGGGCCGCCGGCGCGCCCCGGGUUUUUCGUGAUUGUCAAUCUAUAUAGUGAGUGUGAAUUGCGUGUCGGCCAAGUACGACUUUGUUCUGAAUAAAUGGGUCAAUUGCAAUGUACUUUUUUUUUUUUUUUUUUUUUCUAUGUUAGGGGCCUGAGAAAUAAAUCAACAAAAGUGUUAUGCUUUUCUAAAUUUUUAUUUAUUUAUUUUGCUCAAAAUUAUAGUACCUUUCUUCUGGACCGUGAGGCUACCGCUGGAGCAUUUUAAACAUCAAAUUGUAAAUUUUUCGGUAUUGAUCUGGGUUUGCUUUCAAACUAAUGCUUGAUCCGAAGGUUAAUUAUCUGACUGUAAUAAAAAGUAUGACUGAAACGAAAGCUGCUCGGAGGACGAACACGAUGGGUUACUCCCUUCAGUCAUCACUUACAACAACAUUGAAAGCCGGUUUGGUUACUGGGCGGAAAGACAUAGAAAACUGUAAAGAUUGGUUUUGUAAAUCGUUUGCACAGGGCUCACAGAAAACCCGCUUGAAUUUCGUAAGAAAUCGGGACUUUGGAAAUUAAAUCUUUUGGGGAGAGUGGGGAAAUGACUUUUUUUUUUUUUUCUCACUAUUUGGCACAAUUGUAAGAAUAUUACCAGAGCUAAGUUAAUCCUUUUUUAAUACAAAAAACAUUCAAUCUUUUCCUAUGAUACCAUCAUUAAAUUUCUGGGACAUAGCAUUCACUAGCAAUUUGACCAGAAAUGAUAUGAGUGAAAUGUUAGAUUUAAACCUGUGGGUGGGGUAAAAAGUACACCUUCCAGUCUUAAUAGCUUUUAAAGUUCACACAAAGUAAUCUCAUUCAAAAAGGUUUGAUGGUAUAGGAUCCAAACACAGUCUGUAAUGUAUUAAUUUGAUUCAUUUAUAUGUUUUAUAGCCUACCUAUAUCAGUGAAAAUAUAUGUACAUUAAGACUACAAGACUAGGCUACAUUAUUCUCAGGUUCUCAGUCGAUGUCACCAUGUAAAGGUAGGCUAAGCUAUUUUUCAUUGAUGUUAAAUCGAGUUAUACAGUGGGGUGCAAACAUUUAAAUGUCUGUUACGAUGAAUAUUAUAACUAAAUGGUACAGAGUUAAACAUGAGACCUUUCUGCAAAUUUUAAAUAAAGAUUGCUUUUUUAUUUGUU